AUGACGGUCGGAACAGACGAAACCCAGCCGCUGCUGCGAAGUGUCACCAACGAGGGGCAGCAAGUCUACACCAACCCUGUUGCCCCGCCACUGCAACAAGAUGGCUCCGACAUCGCCCAGACCACCAUCGUCGACUUCGACCCCGAUGGUGAUGCAGAGAACCCGCUGGACUGGCCCGCACCCUACCGAUGGGUUAUUGUGAGCAUACUGGCCUUUACGGCCUUUACUGUCACCAUGACCUGCAUCGGCGUGGUCCCCCUCGCCUCCGAGAUCGUGCGCGACCUCUCCGCCUCCCCCAACCCCUCCAAAUCCGCCAGCGUGCUCCUCGUCACUAUCUGGGAGCUGGGCGAAGCCGCCGGCCCGCUGCUAAUCGCGCCGCUGUCCGAAAUGUUCGGCCGGUACCCCGUCAUGAACGUGGCCAACCUGCUCUUCAUUGCGGCGGGCGUGCUGGCCGCCACCGCCGAGAGCGUGCCGCAGUUUGUGGUCGCCCGCAUGCUGAAUGGUUUGGCUGUCGCCGGGAACGUGCUCAACCCGGCCAUUGUGGGGGAUAUGUUUCCGAGUGAGGAGCGUGGGGGGGCGUUGAGCUUGUUGUUUCUGGCGCCGUUGGUGGGGGGCGCGUUUGGGCCGAUGAUUGGGAGUGCCGUGGCGGAAUUGUAUGGGUGGAGGACGGUGGUGUGGAUGGCAGUGGCGUUGGCGGCGGGCUGUGAGGUUAUGUUUUUGUGCUGCUUCCGCGAGACGUACAAGGUUGCGAUUCUCCGGAAGCGCGUCAAGAGGAUGGCACGCCAUCCCGAGGGGUCGGGCAAGACGUUCAAGACUGCGUUUGACGAGGCGGAGAGGCUCAGCACCGCGGGGUUUUCUGAGUGGAAGAAACUGCGGGAUGCAAUUCUGCGCCCGGCCAUUGUGCUGUGCGGCAGUGGGGUUCUCAUGGUCAUGAGCUUGUUCAACUCAGUCGUCUUUGCUUUCUUUUACAUCUACAGCACCACCAUUUCGGAUAUCCUGAUCGACCUCUACAAGCUGUCGCCCGUGGCCGUGGGCUCCUGCUUUACCAUCUUCUCCAUCGGCUCCACCAUCAGCGUAAUCAUCUGCAACCGCACGCUCGACCGCAUCUACAUGCGCAUGCGCUUCACCCACAAAGGCGUAGGCAAGCCCGAGUUCCGGCUCCCACUAGCCAUCAUAGGCGGGUUCGCUUUACCCAUGACAGUCGCAGCAUACGGGUGGGCGGCACACUUGCGGCUGCCGCUCGUGCUGUUGCUCUUUUGCGUGUGCGCCAUGGGCACGGCCCUCAUGCUCGCCACCAUCCCCGUCAUGGCCUACGUCGUCGACGCGUUUGGCCUGUUCUCUGCCUCCGCCAUGACCGGCAUCAUCGUCACGCGCUGCCUGAUGAGCACCUUCCUGCCGCUGGCGUCCGCGCCGUUGGUGGAGCGGUGGGGGUUUGGCUGGGGGUUUUCGGUCCUGGCUGGGCUGAGCUUGCUGUUGGCGCCGAUUCCUGUCGUGAUGUUGAGGUAUGGGGAGCGUUGGAGGAGGGGUUCGAGGUAUAGUCGGGAUGAGUGA